ACCGGCGUGCUGCUCGCAUUGCUUGUAUUUCGCUUGUGAUUCGUCAAGAGCGUUCUUUGAUUUAGAUUUUAUAAAAAAUCGCAUUGAUCAUGACUGUAGACGAAGGAGUAGAUAUCAGUAAGGCGGGAGACCGCGGGGUCCUGAAGAGGAUAAUUCAAGAGGGCCAAGGCACUGAUACAGCCAACGCGGGUUGUCAGGUCACUGUUCACUACACCGGGACGUUACUCGACGGCACCAAGUUCGAUUCCAGCAAAGACAGGAACGAGCCCUUCGAGUUCCAGCUUGGGAAAGGACAGGUUAUAAAGGCAUGGGACAUUGGCGUGGCCACAAUGAAGAAGGGAGAGGUGUGUGUGCUGACCUGCGCUCCCGAGUACGCCUACGGAGCCGCCGGCAGCCCUCCCAAGAUCCCUCCUAACUCCACUCUGCAAUUUGAGAUUGAAAUGAUUGACUGGAAAGUGGAGGACCUGAGCCCUAGCAAGAACAAAGGUAUCCUGCGUCACAUCAUUGAGCAGGGUGAAGGCUUCGACAACCCCAAUGAUGGAGCCCUGGUCACAGUGGAGCUCGAAGGCAAGAUCCUCCCAGACGGCAAAGUGUUCGACACGCGCACACUCACAUUCCCCCUGGGAGAGGGCGCUGAUAGCAACGUCUGCGAGGGCGUCGAGAGAGCGCUGGAGAAGUUCCUCAAGGGAGAGAAGUCCCGCCUCACCAUACAACCUAAAUACGCGUUCAAGUCCGAAGGCAACACAGAUCUAGGCGUACCCGCCAACACCGCCGUAGAAUACGUCGUCAAGCUCACCAACUUCGAAAAAGCCAAGGAGUCCUGGUCCAUGGACGGCCCUGAGAAGCUCGAGCAAGCCAAGAUCUACAAGGAGAAGGGCACCAACUAUUUCAAGGCGGGGAAACACCAGCUGGCUAUCAAGAUGUACAAGAGAGUUAUCUCUUUGCUUGAUGACGUCCCAGAAGAUAACAGCGUAGAAGACAAACAGAAAGAGCAAGCCAAAGAGCUCCUUCUUUCCGCCCACUUGAACCUAGCCCUCGUGUACCUGAAGGUAUCUCCUCCGCACCACUUCGAGUGCCGCGACCACGCUACCAAGGCUCUCGGCUUCGACGCUAAUAACGUCAAGGGGCUGUUCCGGCGCGGGCAGGCGCUGCUGGGGCUGGGCGAGGCGGAGCAGGCGCUGCAGGACUUCCAGCACGUCGUGGAGGCCGAGCCGCAGAAUAAGGCUGCCGCGAACCAAAUAGCAGUAUGCAAACAGACAAUCCAAAAACAGAAGCAGAAGGAGAAGAAGCUGUACGCCAACAUGUUUGACAAGUUCGCCAAACACGACACGGAGCUGGAGAAGAUAAAAGCUAAAGCGGAGGUGGACGUGAUCGGGUCCGCGGUGGGCGAGUGGGGCGCGGGCGAGGGCGAGUGGACGGACGAGCAGCGCACGCGCGCGCCCACGCACUUCGAGCGCGAGAACCCCAACAUACUCAUGCUCGACAAGGACGGCCAGUUCCAGAACAUGUAGUCUACACGCCGCGUAGCUCAGCCACGGCAGCGGUGAGCGGCGGCCAUGCAUUGGAGCGAGACACAGCGAUGGGACUUUUCAUUCGCACGUAUGGCUGCCGCUCACCGCUGUCGCGCUUAGACCAAUGUCGUGGCCGGGCCGUAAGGGUCGCAUGUAGGUUGUGACGGUUCACUUCUAUUGCCGAAUAACCAAACGUACCACGCCACGAGACCGAUUUUUGAAUAUCGAACGUACCGAGGAAGCGUUUUUUGAAUUUCAAACGCACGGAUUCGCCGUUCGACAGUCUGUAGAAAACGACGGAAUACUAUUAAAAAAAAAACUGCUCGUAAUUCCAAAUCUAGUGACAAUCGUUUUCGUAUGUGAGAAUUUCACGAAGUCGAUUGAUUGACAUUCAAAAAUCGUCUCUAAUGUUGUGCCGGCCGUGGUGA